AUGUUUAAAAAGAAAUCAACUAUUGAAAAAGCAAAUAUUCGUUACCAAUCAACAAAACAAGUUGUAAAAUUAGCUGAUAAUUCUAUUAUUUAUACAAAUGACUUAGUUGAUGUUGAUAUUAAAUUAGAUAAAUUUAAAGAUUGGCUGCAUGCACAUGUUUUACCAUUAGAUUGUUCUGAUGUAAUAUUAGGGAAGCCACCGUUAGUCAAAAACAAUCCGUUAAUCGAUUGGACAACAGAUACAUUGACAAUACAUCAAAAUGAGCAAAUAUAUAUAUUAAAAUCAACAAUAAAAUAG